UUCGAGUUGGGGAGUCAGAAAAUCUCUAAGGGAGGCAGAGGAAUCUGAUCAUUUCAGAUCGUGGAAGGUGCUCUGAAGGAAUUGACCGUCGGAGUAAUGUCUCUGGGAGAGAGAGAGAGAGCAGGGCUCGGAGGUGCCGGUGCUGGCUGGAUGAAUGUCUCCUUUGAGGAAGAGAUGCUGGAGCUGAGACCGGGAUGAUCCCAGCUCUCAGCAUUCCUGGCUCAAGUAGCCUUAGGACAGGACAGCAGCAAGGACAGAGGGACGAGACCCUGGGGACCGGAGGUGACAACUUCUGCAAACAGAGGUCGGGCUGCCUGCGGAGGGUUUGGGGCUGUGGGGAGAGGCUGCCAGCGAGGAAGAGGAGGAGGCCAGAGGGAAGCAACGGUGGCCAAGACAUCCUGCGGGGGCCCGGCGGCUCGGGGGCUUAAGGGAUGCCUCGGAAGUCCCUGCCUGUCAAAAUGCCCAUCCUGAAGAGCCUAGGGGUGGCAGACUCCAAGGUGCCCCGGGCGGGGACCCUACCCCUGAGGUCCUCUCGGAACCCCUUUGAGGAAGUUCCAGGGCUGGAAGAGGAGGAAUCUGGAGAGUUGGGGAGCCUGCCCAAUGGGACAUCUUGUGGCCGCCGUGCCACCCUGGAGAAGCUGGCCGGCCUGGCUCCCUUCCGGCUGGGCUGGACUCCCAGCCGGCGGGGGGGCAGCCCAGGGAACGGGCAGCCCCGCUCUUUCCUGGGCCGUGUGCUGAGCCCGGGGAUCCGCCGUAGCUCGGCAGAUUUUGGCCUCCUGGCCAGGCUUCAGGGGAUCCGAACCCAGGGAGACGAGGAGGCGGCUGGGGAGGCCGCCCGGAGGCUGGCCUUCCUGAGACUGGGGCGCGGGCCCAAGCCCCGGCGGGCGUCCCUGGCUGAGAGGGUGGUACCUGCAGGCGAGGCGGCUCCAGAGCCCCCGCCCCAGGUCCCGGAGCCCCCAAAGGUGAAGGAGCCAUUGUCAGUGCUGGAGAUCCUGAGCCUGAUCCAGCAGCGCGAGCUCGCGCGGGCCGACGAGCACAUCUUGGAGCUGGAGGCCGAGGAGCUGGCGUCGUCGGGGUGCGGCGUGCCGGGGCCGCCCAAGGCCGAGGGCGCGGCCGGGGGCCGCCGGGCGCGGGACGUGGCGCUGCUGUACGAGGCCCUGCAGCGCGAGCUGUGGGCGCUGGUGCGCGAGACGCUGGCGGGCCCCGGGCCGGGCGCGGGCGCCGGGGCGGGCGCCGUGGCGCAGCUGGGCCAGGUGCUGGUGCAGGAGGAGGCGGCCGACGGGCGCCGGGGCCCCGGGGCGGCCCGCAAGCUGCGCGCCCGCUGGGCCGAGGCGGUGGCGCGCGCGGCGAGGGAGCGCCUGGAGGCGGCGGCGCCCGGGGCGCCCGGGGGCCUGGCCGGGCAGCUGGAGGCGCUGCGGGCGCGGCUGCUGGAGGACAUGGGCGUCGUGCGGGGCCGCCUGGCGCCCGCCUACCCCGCCGGCCUGGGCGCCUUCAGCGUCUACCUGCGCGGCUACCACGGCGCCCUGGCCGAGUGGCUCGCGGUGGCCGCCCGCCGGAGGCUCCCGCUGGCCGACCGCUACGCGCUGCUGCACUGGCACAACCAGGUGUACCCCAGAGAGGUCCUAGGGUUGGUGGACGUGGUCGCCCUGGAGAACGGGGAGCUGGGGCCCCUUCUGUCCCCUGGCACCCUGCGGGGCUUGGAGGAUGAAUGCGUCACCGAUGUUAAGGCUCAGACGCGGGCAGCCCUGCUUCGCGUGCUGCAGGAGGAUGAGGAACACUGGGGGAGCCCCGAGGACCAGCCCAGCAGCCUGGCCCAGGAUGUGUGUGAGCUGCUGGAAGAGCACACGGACCAAGCACCCCGCAUCAGCCAGGAGUUUGGGGAGCGGAUGGCCCACUGCUGCCUGGGGGGGCUGGCAGAGUUCCUGCAGAGCUUCCAGCAGCGCGCGGAGCGAUUCCACGAGAAUCCAGGAGUCCGGGAGCUGCCACCGGACACCUAUGUCAGCAGGACCAUCUCACUGGUCAAUUGCGGGCCCCCCUUGAGGGCCCUGGCGGAGCGCCUGGCCCGGGUGGGGCCCCCCGAAAGUGAGCCAGCCCGGGAAGCAGCGGCCAGCGCUCUGGACCGAGUGACCCGACUCUGCCACCGCGUCCUGGCUGACCUGCUGUUCCAGGAGCUGCAGCCCCACUUCAACAAGCUGAUGCGCCGGAAGUGGCUGAGCAGCUCGGAGGCCCUGGAUGGCAUCGUGGGCACGCUGGGCGCUCAGGCCCUGGCACUACGCAGGAUGCAGGACGAGCCCUACCAGACGCUGGUGGCCGAGCUGCACCGGCGGGCGCUGGUCCAGUACGUGCGGCCGCUGCUCCGCGGGCGCCUGCGCUGCCGCUCGGCGCGGACCCGCAGCCGCGUGGCCGGGAGGCUCCGGGAGGACGCGGCGCAGCUCCAGAGGCUCUUCAGGCGGCUGGAGUCCCAGGCCUCCUGGCUGGACGCCGUGGUGCCCCACUUGGCCGAAGUCCUGCAGCUGGAAGACACGCCCAGCAUCCAGGUGGAAGUGGGGGUGCUGGUGCGGGACUACCCAGACAUCAGGCGGAAGCAUGUGGCGGCCCUCCUUGACAUCCGUGGCCUUUGCAACACAGCCGCCCGCCACGAGAUCCUGGCGGUGGCCCGGGACCUGGAACUGUCUGAAGAGGGAGCCUCGUCACCCCCCCGCGACCGGGUCUUCUUCGCUGACAUCCCCGUACCCCGCCCGCCUUUCUGCCUCAGUCUCCCUCUUGUCCUGGGCCGCCUCCCCCUCUCCCGGCUGGCCAGGCCCAGCUUGGCCUGUCUGCCCCGGCCCCGGUCCCCCUCUGCAUCCCGGCCCCGGGCCCAACGCUGAGAUGCCCCCAGCAACCUCCCCGCCUCAGUGCCUCCCCCGUCUUUGCUGCUGACAAACCGCCCUCCUGGACGGCCCCUUACUGACUCGGUGCCUGGGACCACAGACCCCCGGGAUGAAAAGUUCCUUUGAGGUCCCCUCGCCCAUCGCUCCCCGUGCAGAAGAGAAACAGAAGCCAGAGGGAGCAGAGACUUCCCCAAGGCCACGAAGCUCGUCCUUAGCACCUCCUCCCCAGCCCAGCGUGUGGUGGGUAGCAUUUUGGAAGACUCUAGAAAUAUCCCGGGCCCCCCCCCUUUCCCCUCCCUUCAAGGUCUGGCCCCACUCCAAUGUAUUAAAAAAUGUACGAUACUUAGAAUAAAGAGGUUUCUAUUUAACACAAGGAAGGGCCGAGUCCCCAGUGUGUGGGGGGAGGAAAGACCAAGGCAGGGCCCAGGGCCAAGGGCUUCUCACACGCCCAAGGCCGGGCCAGGGUCCAACUCCUGGGCUGGGCAGUGGAGGCUGCAGAGGGCCCCGCGGGGCCAGGGGCAGCCCGGCCGCCCCAUUCGCACGGAGGGCCCGGGCUGCAUGCCUCCAGGGCAGGCCCUUGGCCGCUCCGAGCCAGGGUCCCUCACUUUGUCAUUCCCUAAGCGCCUGUCCUUUUCUAGGCCCAGCGGUUCCACCUUGGCACACCCUUCCCAUCCAUCCUCAGCCGGGAAGCCGUGUCAAGAGAGGAAGGAGGUGGGGGGCAGGGCCAGCAGCAUCCAGGGCGCCCUCCUGGGUUGACACAGGAAAAAAUCUCAGGGUGGGAAACAUUCCACCUUCUCACCCCCAGCCCUGCCGGAUCCUGGUCCCCACGGAGUCCUUGAGGUCACCUCCCUGCUGACCUCUGCCCCUCCGGCCCAGUUGGACAGCCUAUGAUGGAUGCUUCCUGGCAUGGUUCUUUUUUUCCCUGAGAAAUGGGAAGGAGGCAGCCAGGGGUCAGCCUUGGGGCUGGGGUUGGAACCUCACGCACGCACAUUUGAACUCGGGAAGGUGGGGACUCAGGACUUUUGGAGCCCCGGGGCUGUGUGACCCUGGGCAGGAAGCUGACCCUCUCUGGGCUGUGGUUCCUGUUCCUCUCUAGGGAACUGCUUAACCUCUCUCUGCCUGGGACAAGGUGAGAUGUCCAGAGGAUGUACCCUCCUCACUUCAACUCCCCAAAUGACACUUUCAAUGUCAUUGACAUACAAGAGAGGGGUGGAGGCACGAACACGUUGUGGUUUGUAGGCAUUUAAUUACAGACGGAUUAACCUCAGGUUGGCAGUGUCCUUUACAGAUUUUAGUGCCCCAUGUCAAAACGGCUUUAUUGAAAUAUAAUUUACCCACCAGACAAUUGAUCCAUUUGAAGUGUGCAAUUCAGUCGCCAUCCGUAUAUUCACAGAGCUGUGCAACCAUCGCCACAGUCCAUUUUAGAACAUUUUCGUUACCCCGAAAAGAAACCCUGCACCCCUUAGCCAUCAUCCCCCAAACCCUCUGUCCUCCUCAGGCCCUGGGGACCACGGGUCUGCUUUUCGUCUCUGUCGAUUUGCCUCUUCUGGAUAUUUCGUAUAAAUGGAUCCCAGAAUAUGUGGUCUUGUGUGUGCGUGUGUGUGUGGCAAGAACAUUUAACAUCAGAUCUACUCUCCUUACACAUUUUUAACUGCACAACACAGUAUUAUUAAUUACAGGCAUGAUGUUGUCCGGCACAUCUCAGGAACUUACUCAUCUUGUAUGACUGGGACUUCGCACCCGUCAAACGACUUCCCGUCCCCCCUCCCCCCAGGCCCUUGAACCCCUAUUCUGUUCUCUGCUUCUGCGACUUUGACUGUUUUCGACCUCUCGUCUAAGUGAGCUCGUGCAGCCCAUGUCCUUCUGUGACUGGCUUGCUCCCCUUAGCAUGAUGUCUUCUGGGUCCACCCAUGUCGUUACAAAUCAUAGGAUUGCCUUCCUUUUUAAGGGCUG